UAGUACAUUUGCGUAAUGAAAGACUUAUUCGUAAAACUGUACGGUUUUAGCGCAGCUCUAGUAGUUGGAACUUUCCCGUUAGUUGAUGCGCUUGGUGGCGCAGUGGGCGAGAGUUGGUGGUUUUCCGUAGCAGAGACGUUAGAGGGGAGGAAGGUUCUGGAAGCGCCGGCGGCGGUUUUGCUGAGAGAAAAGGAGCAGUUUCGCAAACUGUUCAUUGGUGGCUUGAGCUUUGAAACAACAGAAGAAAGUUUGAGGAACUACUAUGAGCAAUGGGGGAAACUUACAGACUGUGUGGUGAUGAGGGAUCCUGCAAGCAAACGAUCGAGAGGAUUUGGUUUUGUAACAUUCUCCUCCAUGGCUGAAGUUGAUGCAGCCAUGGCUGCAAGACCUCACUCAAUUGAUGGAAGGGUAGUUGAGCCAAAACGAGCAGUAGCGAGAGAGGAAUCUGGAAAACCUGGUGCUCAUGUUACUGUGAAAAAGCUGUUUGUUGGUGGAAUUAAGGAAGAUACUGAGGAACACCACCUUCGAGAUUACUUUGAGGAAUAUGGGAAAAUUGACACUAUUGAAAUAAUUACAGAUAGACAAUCUGGUAAAAAGAGAGGUUUUGGCUUUGUCACAUUUGAUGACCAUGAUCCUGUGGAUAAAAUUGUAUUGCAGAAAUACCACACCAUCAAUGGCCAUAAUGCAGAAGUAAGAAAAGCUUUAUCUAGACAAGAAAUGCAAGAAGUUCAAAGUUCUAGGAGUGGAAGAGGAGGUAACUUUGGCUUUGGGGAUUCACGUGGAGGUGGUGGCAACUUUGGUCCGGGACCAGGAAGCAACUUCAGAGGAGGAUCUGAUGGAUAUGGAAGUGGUCGUGGAUUUGGUGAUGGAUACAAUGGAUAUGGUGGAGGACCAGGAGGUGGCAAUUUUGGAGGUAGUCCUGGUUAUGGAGGAGGAAGAGGAGGAUAUGGUGGUGGAGGACCUGGAUAUGGCAACCAGGGUGGGGGCUACGGAGGUGGUUAUGACAACUAUGGAGGAGGCAAUUACGGAAGUGGAAACUACAAUGAUUUUGGAAACUAUAACCAACAGCCCUCAAACUAUGGUCCAAUGAAGAGUGGAAAUUUUGGUGGUAGCAGGAACAUGGGGGGACCAUAUGGUGGAGGAAACUAUGGUCCAGGAGGCAGUGGAGGAAGUGGUGGAUAUGGAGGGAGGAGCCGUUACUGAGCUUCUGCAAACUUGCCAUGGGCUUCACUGUAUAAAUAGGAGAGGAUGAGAGCCCAGAGGUAACAGAACAGCUUCAGGUUAUCGAAAUAACAAUGUUAAGGAAACACUUACUCAGUCAUGCAUAAAUAUGCAGUGAUAUGGCAGAAGACACCAGAGCAGAUGCAGAGAGCCAUUUUGUGAAUGGAUUGGAUUAUUUAAUAACAUUACCUUACUGUGGAGGAAGGACUGUAAAAAUGCCUGAGACAGUUUCUUAGCUUUUUAAUUGUUGUUUCUUUCUAGUGGUCUUUGUAAGAGUGUAGAAGCAUUCCUUUGAUAAUGUUAAAUUUGUAAGUUUCAGGUGACAUGUGAAACCUUUUUUAAGAUUUUUCUCAAAGUUUUGAAAAGCUAUUAGCCAGGAUCAUGGUGUAAUAAGACAGACAUAACGUUUUCCUUUUAAAAAAUUUAAGUGCGUGUGUAGAGUUAAGAAGCUGUUGUACAUUUGAUUUAAUAAAAUAAUUCUAAAGGAAAUACUGUGUAAUUAUAGAUUUUUUUAAAAAAAUAUAUAUAUAUUGUGAAAUAAGGCAAGGAGUGGGUAGUAUAAGGUCCCACAAAUAAUACAAAGCUGUUGUUGUACAUGUAAAAUUAAAUGCUGGUCAGAAAAAGUAUGUUGUCUGUAAAUUAUCAGGUUUAAAAUAUCUAGAUAACUUAAGGGAUAUCUCUGCAAGGAGAAACACCUUUUUAGAUCUUUUAGAUGCUGCUUCUUCAAUGGCAAGGAAAGGAAAUAUCCCCAGCGAGGUACUCUUCCAGGGACACAGGUCUAGUACAAGAGAACUCUUGAAAACGGCACUAAGUUCAGCCAGUCUUAAAAAGCUGCGCUGUAUUUCUGCAAAGCUUUAACUACCGUAGUUUUAUAAGGAUGCCAACGAAGGCUGAGGGUGUAGAGCAAAAUAGUUCUAAGCUUCAGUUAAACUUCUUUAGCUUUGAUAUGAGCCAUCGACAAGCAUAGACUGCUGCUACUGUACACUGCUACAGUUGAACAAAUGAGACCUGCAAGUGUCCGUUAGUAAAGUUUUUGCAAGGGUUCCAUACCCCGUGUUGGUAGUUAAAAUGGAAGGUGCCAUGCUGCAGGUAACAAAUGAAGAAGUGGUCAACCACAGACAUGCUUCAAGAAAUAAGAAAUUCUGAAUCAUCAGAAAAUAAUUGCUUUUUCUGGCUUCAUUAAAAAUCUGUAGGUUAAAUGAAUCCUGAUAAUAAAACAUCUCAGUUAGUGCAGCGUCCUGUAAUGCUGGGUUUUUUUAAAAUGAUAGUAAUAAGAACCGUCUGUAAAUUUCUCGAAUAAAAUUCAUGUGGGCUAGGAAAAGCAGACCUCUAAUGUUAUGAAAUAGCAAAUGUUCUGUGAAGAGAAACAUUAAAUAUAUAUUUUUAAAUAUUCAUAGCUUUAAAAUAAAAUAUUUUAUACCAAAGUAGUUCUAGUGUAAUGAUUGAUAAACUGUAGUGUGUGCUGGUAAUAGUUUAUAUAAAACUUAGUUGUGCCUUUUGGAUCCUUUUGAAAGCAUACAUUUCAUUUUGAGGGAGAUUAAAACAAUUUGAUAAUGCAAAUUUUAUCAGUAUGGCUAUCUGAGUAAUCAUUCACCCACAUACUUUUUUUUCUGCUGGAAGAAACAGCAUGACACAUUCAGGAAGCUGCUUUGAUUUUAGACAAACGUAUUUUUCUAAACAAGUAGCUUAUUGGCUGCAAUUUUUAUCACUAUAUGAAAAAGUUUCUUCUCAUUGUCUUUGAAAACUAAUUGCUUAAGACAAUUCAGAUUAGUCAAAACUUGUUAAACAUUAGCUGUCUUAUUGAGAAACAGCUUUGCAUUUACCAUGUAAGAUGCAAUGCAAAACUUACCUGCCAAAACCCAAGAUGACUUUUUUUUUUUCUUUUUUCUUUCUGUGUCUUAAUAUUACAGCUGGGGGAAUUCUGUGCCACUGUGUGCAUGCAGAAUUCAUGUCUCCUGUCAAUCUGUUUCACUGCAGGAAAAACUACUUUCUGAUGUGGAAGCAAUAGGAAGCUGCAAGAACUGUCACCUGACCCCUCCCCAGCAACUAGGGCUUAUUGUUUCAGGCACCCAGAGCAGCCACUGGAGAGAGAAAUCACUGUGGGACUGGGGAUUCCCCAGGUGGUGGCUCCUCCCCUGUCCCGGGCUCAGCUGCUAGUCCUGGCUGGGCUGCAUGGGACUUCCUCUUCCCUUGUGAAGAGGGGCUGGAGCCAGGUCAGACCCAGCCCCAGAAACCUACCUCAACCGCAUGAAGUUCUGUGCAUACACACCCUCUUCUCCCUCCCUCUUCCUUCUCCCCCCCCGCAUCCCUGUCCCCAUGGUUCCUCAGCUGCAGGAGGAGUUGUCUGUAUGGGGAGGUGCAACUCUUUUUUGCAUGCAGGACCCCUACCCCCUGCUGAGGCUCACCCUCUGUAUCCAGAGUCCCCUUGCACCCAUAUUACCCCAUCUAGCUCCACCCCCUGCAUCUGGGCCUCUGAAUUCCCAUCCCCUCCCCAGUGCUUGGACCCCCCCUCCCAUCCCAAUCACCCACACCACCCUGCUGAGACUAUGCUGAUCUCCAACUAUCUUCACCUGGGCCCCCUACACCCAGAAUCCCCAAUUAACCUUUGUGCAUCCAGAUCUCCCUCCUGAACUGCCUGUACCCAGAUUGCCCCAGCCUUGGAUUCCUCCACACAUGGAUCCUUCCAGGCUGAGCCUGUUUGCCCUACCCCUGGAUCAGGUCAGGGCUGGGCAUGCAUGCAAGAGACUGCCCCUCUCUUUCUCUUCUGGUGCAUUGGUGUGGAGAGGGAGGGCCCUGUUGUGUUUCUGGGGCAGGGCCAGCCACUGCAAUGUAUCCGGCUUGGGUGCAGCCUCAGAGUCACCAUGGCGGAGCUGCAGGGUGAUCUGUCACCUUUGUGUAGCCAGUGGUCUGUGCUUUCCACUGUCAUGCUGGAGCCUCCACCUUUUUAUUUAUUGACAAAAUAUGCAGAGUUUUAAAAUACCGAGCAUGGAAUUUCCCCAUGAGUAUAUGGUGUAUUCUCUGAAUUACACAAGAGGUUGAGAUACAUUCCAGUUUAGAAGUUACUUGGAAAGCCAAAGCAUUUCAGCCAAGUAUUGUUUGACUGCCUGUUACAUUGAGUUUAAAACAAAGCUGGAAGCUAUUAUGCUUAGCUUUUGUAUAGUAAUAGACACUCAUGUCUUUAUUCAUUCUUGAAAAUAAAAUGUUUUUUGAGGCUUUAGUAUAAAAUUCCUUUGGUAAAACAAUGUAGCAAACUUUGAAUUGCAUAAUUAAUCUGCGGGCCGCACGGGAGACAACAGCUAAUCCUGAGUGACCUAGAGCCAGACCAGUAGUCUCUUUGGUAUGUCUUCUAAUUACUCAGGAGGCUUCUUCCCCUGUUUGGACAUGUAACAUGAUUUGAGCCAGGUCCAGUUUACAAAAACUUUUAUGUUUAGCAAUUCUGUAUUCACAUCUCAACUCACUUGGUAGGGUAAGGUGCAAAUUGGAAGAAAAACAGUUGGGGAGGAAUUCUUGUGCCUUUUGUGUUUGUAUGAUGCCUAUUUUCUAUUUGACAUUU